CGGGGCGUGCGCAAGGGACAUCGCGCAGUUGCGCGCAGUUGCGCGCAACUGCGCGGUGUCCCUUGCCCACGCCCCGGCUCUUCAUGGGCGUGUUCUGCGGGCGGUGCUGCCCGGCCCCGCCGAUCGCCGAUUGGAGGCGGGGAGAGAGCGAAGGCUGAUCCGGAGCCGGGAGUGUCGCUGCCAGAGAAAGUUUUGGGGAGGGGUAAAUAAUCCCCCCCCCCCCCCCCCCGCAGUGCGAGGAAAGGGGGUUUGGUUUGAGUUUGUUUUGUUUGCGCUGCUCCUCGUCCGCUCGCUCUCUCCGUCUCGCCGUGGGUUUUGGGGACUUUUUCCUUUUUCUUGCUGUUUUGGUUUUGGGUGGUGGUGGUUGCCCCUCCGGCAAGUGCUACUCCACCAUCCGCCUCUCGUCAUAUCCCCCCCAUGCGCCCAGGGCAGCGGGCAGCUCCGCGGCGCGCACCCGGGAGCUGAACAGCGAAACGUCGCGUCCCGUCCCCGGGCAGGAUGUACACGGCCGGGUUGGCUCCUUUCUACGCCUCCAACUUCAGCUUGUGGUCAGCGGCUUAUUGCUCGGCAUCGGGGCCGGCAGCCGGCGGCUGCUUCCCGCUGGACACCGCGGCGGGGAAGAAGCCGUCCUUCUGCAUCGCAGACAUCCUCCACGCCGGAGGAGAAGCGGCGGGGGGACCCACCGACAGCCUGCCCGGAGCUCCCGGUACCGGCAUGCCGGCGGCGCUGGGAGCCGUCCACCACGGCGGUCCCUUCCAUGCCACCGCCUCACCGCUCCGGCCCACUCCCGUCGUGCCCCCCGACGCCCCGGCCGCCGCCUUCCCGCCGCGCCUCUCGCCGCUCUCCGCCGCUUACCACCAGCACCACCGGGCCCCGCAGCACCGGUCCCCCGCUGCGGCGGCGGCUGGCGGCGGUGGCGGCCCGGCCCCAGCACGGCUGCCCGGCGGCCACACGCCCGGUUCGGCGCCGGCUCCGGCCAGCAAGGACCUGAAAUUCGGCAUCGACCGCAUCUUAUCGGCGGAGUUUGACCCCAAAGUCAAGGAAGGCAACACGCUGAGAGAUCUGACUUCCUUAUUAACUACCAGCCGCCAAACUGGGGUUCAUCUCCCCACCUUGCAGCCUUCCGCCGGCCAGUUCUUCGCGUCUCUAGACCCCAUUAACGAGGCCUCUGCUAUUCUGGGUCCCUUAAACACAAACCCAAGGAGCUCAGUUCAGCACCAGUUUCAAGAUACUUUUCCAGGUCCGUACGCCGUUUUAACCAAGGACACGCUGCCCCAGACAUACAAGAGGAAACGUUCCUGGUCGAGGGCUGUUUUUUCCAACCUGCAGAGGAAAGGCUUAGAAAAACGGUUCGAAAUCCAGAAAUACGUCACCAAACCGGACAGAAAGCAACUGGCGGCGAUGCUGGGGCUGACGGAUGCUCAAGUGAAGGUGUGGUUCCAGAACCGGCGGAUGAAGUGGCGACAUUCCAAGGAAGCGCAAGCCCAGAAGGACAAGGACCUGCCGCCGGAGCCCGAGGCCCAGCAAGCCGCCGCCCCGCCUACGGCCGCCGGGGACCCCGAGCGCAGCCCCAGCCGCUCCGAGGGCGACAGUGACAGCAGCGACGCCGACUCUCUCGACAUGGCCCCCAGCGACACGGAACGGACUGACGGUGCCGAGCGGAGCCUGCCCACCGCCGGGCUCGGCAAGUCCUCCGGCAGCACCGGCCUCCCCUCCCCGCCGCAACCAGCCGCUGCUGCUGCCAGCCCCGAACCGCGGAGCGGCCUAUAGACGAGGCGGCCUCCGCGCCCGGACCUGCGCGCUAAUUUAUCUCCCUUCCUCCCUCCCGGGAGAGCGGUAAGGCCGGCCCGGCACCGGCCCGGGGCGAGGAGCCGAGGAUGCGGGACCCGCAGCCCCGGGAGGGCGGUGCGGGGGGCGGCCUCUCUCCCUCCGCGCUGCUCGCAGGAGAGCGGGAUUUCUCUAUUCCCCCCUUAUUAUUUUUAUUCUCCGUCUCCUGCCCCUUGUCCUCUCCAGGGAAAUCCGAGUGAGGGACUCUGAGAACGUGCUCUGAAAUCCCUCUCUUUUCCACCUCUCCCCCCCCAACCCCGAACCAAUUUACAAUGUGAAGUAUUUUGCCAACGUCCUCAUCGGUUGCAACGUGUUGCUUCGAAUAAUCCGGCCAAGAAAUACUGCACUGACAAAAUAUAGAAAUAUAUAUAUAUAUAUCUCCUGUAAAUAAAAUGUUUGCUAUGGUUUGUAA